AAUAAUAAAAAAUAUUUUUAUUUAUCUAUCUUGUUGAGAUAAUGACUCCUGUGAUCCUUCAUUUUAUUUUGACCUCUUGAUAACAUUUCCAAUCUAAGAUGUUUAAAUAUGCUCUAAUAUGCUUGGUGUUUGUGUUAAUAAAUGUGGCAUUGUGUGUUUAUUUUGUUAUUCAUCUUUCUUUGGUCAAUUUAAUCAGACUGAAUGACAACGAUUAAUAGUGUAAAAAAGGAUUCAAUUGACACGAUGUGUAAAAAAAAUUGUUCAGAAAAUCAAGUUUAUUCUCCUCAAAGAUAUUCCUUAUUGGCAAUUCAGAGUAUCAUUUCAGCAUUGCUCAAUCUUUUACACUUUCCUAUGAUGCUGUUAACAUUUCUUUGCCUUUUACCGAGUGAAACCAAUACACAUCAGUUAGUCUUUAAUUUACUCUUCUUUUCUGGCAUUGCCACUAUUCUGCAAGCUACAAUUGGAAUAAAAUUUCCAGUUCUCAUCUCACCCAGUAACCUAUUUAUUUCAGGGUUUAUUUUCAUUUUAAAAUCUCCUUACUGGGAACAGUACAGUAAUGCAGAUUUAUAUGCCAUGGGACCAUCUCUUAGACACGAUGAGUUCACAAACCGAUCUAGAGAGUUAAGAGGAGUAUUGAUACUCAGUGGCUUUUUUUUUUCAAUUGUUUGUGGCAUACUUUGGCACUUACCUAUUAAACUACCAUCAUCAACUGUAUCAGCGACGUUAAUAUCUUUUAGUUUAUUGAAUAUCAACCAAAUACUGAGCGAAAAAGAAAUGCCAUUGUUUAGUAUAUUGGCGUUUUCUCUAUCCCUUGUUUUUUAUUGUACUAAAAAUAUUAAAAUACCUUUUUCGGAUAAAAUAAAUACUGAUGGUUUUUAUGUGAAUUUUAAACAAUUUUCGGUAUUAUUAUCUUCUAUAAUUAUUGUGGCAAUUAAUAAUAAUUCAGAAAAUGAAAACAACAAGUUGCUGGAUAAGGCAAUAGCUUCUCAUCAAUGGUAUUCUUUUAGUUUGCCAUUUAAAGAUUUUGUUCUACCGAAAUUUUCAACCAAAAGUUUCGUAUUGUUACCUGUUUUUUUUAGUCAGUUUGUAGCAUCCUACUGCUGUUUCCGAGCUCUUAACAAAGAAAAAGAAAUAUAUUUAAAAGCAUUACUUUUAGAAAUUAUCUUCAAUGUUGUAGUAGCUGCAAUUGGAGUCAUUGUCCCAAUGGCUAUUGACCCAACAUCUAUUGGGCUCCUCCAAAUGACUAAGGUAAAACAUACUGAAUCAUCUGUAAUAGCUGGAGGGUUGAUAGUUUUGUUUUCAAUUAUUGUUAAAAUAAUUGCUUUAUUCUCUUACAUAUCAUACCCAGUUCUCUGUGGAAUCAAUCUGUUCCUGCAUGGACAAUUAUUAGAAAAAGGCUUAGAGGAAAUGGAUUCAGAUAAAACAGAAAGAUCCAUCAUUGCAGUGUCUGUGCUUAGUGGCUUGGUGCUUUCUUCGUCUUCACUCGGAAUGGAAAGAAACAUUUUAUACAGCAUUGCAGUGUUAAUAAUUAAGAGCCCUGUUUUAAUUACAUUUAUUAUGUCAAUUGUGAUGUCAGUAGUCUUUAAGAUGUUUAAUAAUAAAUAAAUGAAAAAAUAAGUAUAUGUUUUAUGUAAACUCUCUUAAGAUAUCUUUGUAUUUCUGAAAUGUUUUCAAUAUAUUUAAGUUCAUUAAUACAUAAUCUUCAUAUUGUUCAUAUACUUAUUAUAUACCGUUCAAUAAUAUAUAUUUUUAUUAAAACCUUGAACAAAUUCGACUAAUCCAUUUGCAGGUUUAACCAUUUACUUAGAACCAAUGGUUGGUUGAAUGCUAUGAUUUAUAAAGCUAAUUUUAUUAUUGGAGAUCAGUCUAACAAUAAGUUUUUGUUUUAAUUCUUUGGACAGCCUGUAACUUUAACCCAAUCAUGAGG